AAAACCAAAGCAACAAGUGCUGCUGUGUGCUAACAACGAAAACAAAAAACUUUAAAAAUAGACUCCAAAAGUUCAUUAAAAGGUGAUUCAUAGUUGAUCAGCGGCGGAUAUCAGUACAUAAGAAAAAAUAUUUAAUCCACACGCUGUUAAUUAUGAAGCGCUUGAGAAGCUUCGCACGCAUUACGUUUGACCUGCUGAUCUUUGCCGCCGUAUGUUUGAGCGAAUUGGCCUUACGCAAAUGGUUUAGACCACACAAGCGCGGCUUCUUCUGCAACGAUGAGUCACUGCAGUAUCCCCUGCGAGAAAGCACCAUUGGUGUGACACUCAUGGUCAGCAUUGUCUUGGCUGUGCCCAGUUUGGUGAUAAUGGUCAUAGAAUUGUUUAAGCAACUUUCACCACAAGCGCAGUCUGCUGGAGAAAAGCGCAAAUCGCCACCAGCCAUGGCGCAGAACUCUAAGCAGGGUUGUCGUUUUGGCGCGAGAUUGAUGCAUUGCUAUGCCCAGAUUGGUUAUUAUCUCUUUGGCUUGGCCUUGACUCUGGUGGCCACCCACAUCACAAAGAUAACAGUGGGGCGUUUGAGGCCCCAUUUCUUUGCCGUUUGCCAACCCCAGAUGCCAGAUGGCUCCACCUGCAAGGAUUCCUUCAAUUAUGGCCGCUACAUAGAGGAUUACCAGUGCGUGGCUCAAAAUAUGACCGAGUCCACUCUGGACCAAGUGGGCCAAUCAUUCCCCAGUGGGCACUCUAGCAUCUUCUUCUAUGCCAUGAUCUAUUUGGCAUUUUACCUGCAGUCAGCCUUAAGUACCAGGGCCUCCAAGCUGUUGAAACACCUGCUGCAGUUCAUCUUCAUUAUGUUUGCCUGGUAUGUGGCUUUGUCAAGGAUCUCAGAUUACUGGCAUCAUUGGUCGGAUGUUUUGGCAGGCAUUCUAUUGGGCGCCUGCAUAGCCUUUAUAGUGGCCACCUAUGUGGCCCACAUCUUUGUGCGCCGGCCCAUGCGUUUAAACUCCAAUGUGGCUCCCAAGCCGCCAGCCAAGCCGUCAGCCUCACCGGCUGGUUCUUCGGGAAAAUCCAAUACAACACCGCCAGUCUUGCCCGCCUAUACCUUUGGAACAUUGCCAUACUUGCCCCAUCCCCAUGCAACAGCGGCGGCAGUGGCGGCCGCUGCAGCCGCCCAACAACAGGCCCAGUUUGCUCAGACCUAUCAUAAUUAUGGCUAUGUACCAUAGCGCCUUCAUCAUCACCAACAACAACAGCAUCAGCAGUAGGCAGCAGCAGCCAAUGUGAAAGUAGUCAAUCGUCCUCAUCUUCAUCCACAGCAUCACCUAACGUCGGCCGCAACUCAUUGUGUUUCAGUGCCUGCAGUAGCCUGGCAGCAGCUUUGGCAUGCCUCAAAGAUUAUGCCAUGCAGUUUUGCCGUUUUUUGGAAAAUGAAAACUAACAACAACCACAAAAAACUUCAGCACUGGAUUCGCAUGCAGUAACGAAAAAAAAAAUGUUUUUUAUGAGUUAUUUUUUUUAGUUGUAAGUUUUUUAGUGAGCGUUUUUCGAGUUUGGUCUUUAAAUUCUUGUCUUUACCAUAUUUGGCGGGUAGAAAAAUAUUUUACCGAUGCACACAUUUAAAGCAGCCACAACAACAACAACAUUCACGUUUUAAGGAAUGUGUUGUAAUUUUUUUUUUUCUUACAUACAUGGAUUAUUAGGUGCGGGCACAAGUUGUUGGCUCUCGUAUUUUUUGGAUAGGCUGGGCGGAGUUAAUUGUGUAAUGAAAAUAUGGCAACAUUGCCAUUUGGGAAACAAAAGAAAACAGCUGAUCCUAAAAGGGAAAAACAGAGGUAACAGGCGCUAGAAGUUAAACAAUUUAAAAUUACCCCCAAACAUCACAUUCGAGUCUAAACGCAAGCAAGGAAUCAAGCAUCAGCGUAAAACCCCAGCUGGCGUCAGAGGCCAGCGGCAUGAGAGCCCCAUAUGAAAUGCUUGUAAAACAACUUGACGCAGACCCUAGACUCUUUGAUUGGGUUUAGACUCUCAAGUGGGACAACGGGAAGACUUCUCUCAUACAAAUGAUUGCAACCCUAUACAAGUUUGAGCUGAAUGACAAUGUACUAGGGUCUAGUGUCAAAGAAAUAUUUUGACUCAACUUUGAACUUUCCUCCUCACAGAGGUUGAAGUCAUCAGUCACAAAUAAUGUAUAAAUAACUUAAAAUACUUAUUCGAUGUAAAUAUCGUUCGUUGUAGUUAAUUUUAUUCUUUAAGACAAAUGUGGUGCUAAAAAUAAAACAUUACUCAAGUAUAGAAGCCAAAAUAUGGAUGCCUUAACAAAUUCCAGAGAGAAACAAGUAAAACCGUGUUAAGUUCGGCCGGGCCGAAACUUAGGAACCCACCACCAUGGAUUCUGCUAACAAUUUAUAAAAAAAAAAAUUUAGUUGAAGGACUAUUUUAUGCUACAUAUCAAACUUCUGUUAAACCAGCAAAAGUUAAAGCUUCUAGGAACCGAACAAGGAUGAUCGAGAGACCAGCCUUAUCAGAUUAUACACUGAUUUGGACCGUAUUUGGCACAGUUGUUGGAAGUCAUAACAGAACACCGCAUGCAAAAUUUCAGCCAAAUCGAACAAAAAUUACGGCUUGUAAGUCAAAUCGGGAGGUCGGUUUAUAUGGGAGUUGUAUCAGUUUGUAGACCGAUUUAGACCGUACUUGGCACAGUUGUUGAAAGUCAUAACGAAACUCUACAUGCCAAAAUUUUAGUCAAAUCGGACACAAAUUGAGGCUUCAAAUCGGGAGAUCGGUUUAUAUGGGAACUAUAUCUGGUUAUAGACCGAUUCGGACCGUACCCACAUGCAAAAUUUCAGCUAAAUCGGACAAGAAUUUGCGGCUUGUAAGGGCUCAAGAAGUCAAAUCGAGAGAUCGGUAUAUAAUUGACCCAUAUCAGGUUAUAGACUCAUUUGGAGCGUACUUGGCACAGUUAUUGAAAGUUAUAGCAGUAUAAUACGUGCAAAAUUUCAGCCAAAUCGGACAAAAAAAUUGCGGCUUGUAAGUGCAAUAAGUCAAAUCGUGAGAUCGGUUAAUAUGGGAGCUAUAUCUAAAUCUGAACCGAUAUGGUCCAUUUGCAAUCCCCAACGACAUACAGUAUCUGUGCAAUAUUUCAAGCUUUACGCAUUCGACCGCUAUCGUGAUAAUAGAUAGACAGGGCGGACAUGGCUAGUUCGACUUAGAACGACGAGAAGAUCAAGAACAGAUAUACUUUAUGGGGUCUUUGAUGAAUAUUUCAAGGUGUUAUAAAGGGAAUGACUAGAUUAGUAUACCCCCAUCCUAUGGUGGUGGGUAUAAAAAGAUAAAAUCAUAUGGGUAAUAAAUUAAACAUAAGUUUUUCCGGUAAAAAAACCAAAAAAAAACAAAAACUAAACAAAUUGUUCUAUAAAGUGGAUAACAGUCCAUUCUGUGGCUUUUUACCUAAAUCUGGAAUACCAUAAUGCUGUGAAACUGCUUUGACACGGAUGUUUGUCAACUAUGGCCCUUGGAUGGGAAAGUUUUUGCAUUUUUUAGUCCUUGGAUGAAAAAUGCUAUGGCCAUAACUAUUCUGCUCUAGGAGAACAGUCCGUCUGUGCCCAAUAACCUUAAUCUGUUCCUUCCUUUAACCAUAUACCUGUAAAAAGCCUGACCUGACGCCACAGCAUUGAAAUGCCUUUUGCUUUACAUUGAACCAAACAUUUUUGGUCCUUCCAUUGCAAACAAUCGAAUAAAGUCGCAAUUUGCGAGCUCUUUAAAGUCAAAUAAAAUUAAUGACGCACAGUGGGAUAGAAUCGUAAAAAAAACUACAUAUUUUUUACUAUUUUUUUUUUUGAAACGGGUAAAGAUACCUCUUUGAAUAUUUAGGGUUGAGG